AGGAAGAAGAGAAAUAGGAAGAACCAGGGCUGUGACCUGUGCGAGUCGGAUCCUGUUCACAUAAGAGCCGACUCAGAUGAGCGAAACAACACUGUUCUGUAGGACAAUGUUCACCUUUCGUUUUGUUUAGUUUUCUUUUUUCAUUUUUUUCAUUUAAAAAUAAGUUUCUGGUAGCUUUUGUGUCUGUCUCGAUUGCAGACUAUAAGCGUGCGUUUUGCGCCUUGGUUAUUCGGGCAAAGUUCAUUACAACCCUUCAAAACACACUGCACAAUCGAGGGUUUAGGGUCUAAGUCCUGUAAUCGAGAAGUUCUUUUUAAGCAAUCUACGUAUGUGAUCUGUCUUUGCUCGUUACUAUAUUAAUGCAGAAUAAGCUGUAGAUCAGACAAGCAAUCGGAUUACAGUUAAACGGUUUUUAUUUUACGGAGAAGAUCAUGGAGCCACAUCAAGCUGCAAAAGUGAAGAAAGUUUUAUAUGUCACUUAUCUGAUAGCUGCUUUGGACGUAACAUGGCUUUUCCUCCAGUUUUCAAUAACACCGUAUUUGGCAAAAAGGCUGGGAUUUGACACACUCUGGUUUGGGUACCUACAGACAACAGUAGGAGUGAUUCAACUACUGGGAGGCCCAGUUUUUGGAAGGUUUGCAGAUAUUUUUGGAGCACGCGCUGCCCUGUCCCUGUCCUGUUUAGCAUCAAUCAUCUAUUAUUUGCUUUUAGCAGCAGCAGACAGUGCUUUGUUACUUUUUUUGCACAAACUACCUGCUGUAUUCAUGCAUUCCUUGCCAGGAUCACAGAUGGUUGUCACAGACCUGUCUGAAAAAAACAAGCGAGCAGAUGCCCUGGCAAAGCUUGGUCUCUGUUUUGGCAUUGGCAUGAUCACUGGAUCGUCCUUGGGAGGCACCCUGAGCACACGCUUUGGAGAGAAGUUUGCAGCAUAUGUGGCUUCUGGAGGAAGUUUUAUCAAUCUACUGUUGGUGCUGAAAUUCAUUCCUAAACACACAAAAAGACAGCACACAAAGAAGAAUGACACUGGCUCUGUGUUUAAUUUGGGGGAGAUUGUCAGGCUGAUGAAGUUUCCAGGUGUUGCAAAGACAUUUACUGUGAAAAUAAUCUCAGGAAUGCCAUCUGGUGUUUUUCAGGUCAUGUUCUCCAUCAUUGUCAUGAACUUUUUCCAGCUACAGGCAGAGCAAAAUGGGUAUCUCAUGGCUUACCUUGGUGUGGUGCAAAUGGUGAUUCAGGGUGCUGUUAUUGGCCGUCUUACCACAAGAUAUUCAGAGAACUCUUUACUACUAUUUUCUGUAGGCCUGAACAGCUUGGUGGGGCUUGCACAGGCUAUGACCACUAAUAUAUUUCAGUUCUGCGUUGUUCUUGUUCCAAUGAUGCUGUCACUCAGCAUUUUCAACAUCAUCACAGACAGCAUGCUAACAAAGAGUGUUCCAGCUUCUGACACAGGGACCAUGCUAGGUUUGUGUGCAUCUGUGCUGCCUCUGGUGCGCACAAUUGGGCCAACCAUUGGAGGUUUCCUUUAUGAGACAUAUGGCGUGUCAUCAUUUGGAUAUAUUCAAUUUGUUGUCGGGGCUAUAACCUUUAGCCUGCUGUUCAAUUCAAGGAGGAACACAACCCAAUACAGAUGAAACUUUAACUAAUGUUUUUUUUUUUUCAUUAUAUUUACUGUUGAUAUUAAAACUGUUGAUUCAUACCAUGUACUGUAACUACAGUUUGGUAGUAGAGUGUAUUAGUUCCAACUGAACAUUUUAUUAUAUUACUUACAAAAAUGUGUCAAUGGAAAAUGUAUUUUUUUGUUAAACUAAA